UGGCCCAACUAGAGCCCACGAAACGACGGCCCAAGAAAAUCUCCUCUCCACGACCACGACACUGACAGGUGGACCACGCUACUAGGGUUUAAGGCAAGCGCUGCCGCGUUGACAAGUCAACGUGGCCCCGAGAGAGAGGGGGAAAGGGGAAGGCCCGGGGCCUCGCUACGUGGUCCAUUUCCGGUCCAGUCUCCCACAACGCCGGAAUCGAACCUUCUUCUUCCUCUUCUUCUUCUUCUUCUCUCCUCGGCCUCGGCGCGGUUCGGCUUCGUCGUCUUCCCCUUCCCCUCCUUCGCGGGCGGCCGAUCCGUCCGUCGGAAUGCCGGAAAUGGGCGCGCGUGGGGGCGAGGCGGGGGCGGCGAGGGUGGCCAAUGGUGGUGGAGGAGGAGGAACGGGAGGGAUGAGGCUGUUCUCGCCCGAGUACUACGCGCUGUGCACCGGCGGCGGGAUGCUGGCGGCGGGCGCCACCCACCUCGCCAUCACCCCGCUCGACGUCCUCAAGGUCAACAUGCAGGUGAAUCCCAUGAAGUACAAUAGCAUAUUUUCGGGACUGAACAUUCUUGUAAAAGAAGAGGGAGCUUCAUCUCUUUGGAGGGGUUGGGCAGGGAAAUUCUUUGGCUAUGGUUUCCAAGGUGGCUGCAAGUUUGGUCUUUAUGAGUAUUUCAAGAAGAAGUACUCUGAUGUGCUAGUGGACAGAAAUAAGAGCACCAUUUACUUUAUUAGCAGUGCCUCUGCUCAAAUCAUAGCUGAUGUUGCCCUCUGCCCCUUUGAAUCGGUGAAAGUCCGUGUGCAGACACAACCUAUGUUUGCAAAAGGCUUGAUUGAUGGCUUCCCAAGGGUGUAUGCCACUGAAGGCUUGUCCGGGUUUUACAAGGGCCUUUUACCACUUUGGGGACGGAAUCUUCCAUUUUCUAUGCUAAUGUUUUCAACAUUUGAGCAUACUGUGGACAUCCUAUAUCGGAAUGUCAUUCAGAAGAAAAAGGAGGAUUGUUCAACAAUGCAGCAGCUUGGGGCUACUUGUCUGGCUGGCUACAUAUCUGGUGCAGUUGGUACUGUUGUUUCCAAUCCUGCAGAUAACAUUGUCUCAUCUCUAUACAACAAAAAGGCUAAAAAUAUCAUAGAUGCUGUGAAAAGUAUUGGGUUUCGUGGUUUGUUCACAAGAAGCCUACCUGUUCGAAUCACUCUUGUUGGGCCUGUCAUAACCAUGCAAUGGUUCUUCUAUGAUACAAUUAAGAUAUUGACUGGAUUGCCAACGAGUGGAGGGCUUCCUCGUGAACUGGAAGAAGUUUAACAUAUGACCUGACCAGUUUUACAAGCGUUUUUUGUUAGUACAUUUUCGUUUAAUCACAGAGAAGUAUCGGCGCAUGAUUCUGACCGACUAUUGGAAAGACUACAAUUGAUAGUUUCAGGAAGCAACCAACUGAGCCAAAUACACUGCAUACUAUAUGUACGGCAAAUCUGGCAUUAUAACUGUAUGCCCUACACCUUAAAGCAAUCAACAUAAGCUCCAGUAGAUCAGCACUUCUCAAGGAACACUAGUGUUUGCGGAUGUUCUGUAGUAGCUCUAUUUUGAAGAUUGUUGUAUGACAAAAUGUGCUCAUGUACACACAUGAUCCUCCACUGUGCAUAUUAUUGGCAAGGAUGAAAGCUAAGAUCUUAUUUUA